AUGAACGAGCCUCUCAUCGAGGGCUCCAAAGUUCUGACUGGGGAGAACUUGCGAGUCUUAGCAGAAGAUCUUGAGCAAUGCUUGCAAGAGAUCGAGAGUGUCCUCGCAGAGCCGAGGCAGCAUGGUAACGCCGUCCAGAAGGCCGCCAAGUCAAUCGCCAUGGCACAGGACAUUCUCGACGAUCUGAAGACUCAGGGGAAGCAGGGCUGCCGGCAAGACCGAGUCGCAUGCGACAUGUUAAUCAAGUCGUACCAGAAGAAGCUCGAGAGCCUCGAGAAGAACCGCCAGGCCGCCGAAGCCAUGGCAGGGAAAGGCACCAAGGAGUUGUCGGCGCACGAGAGGAAGAAGGCGGCCGAGGCUGCUCUUGAUCGAGCAUGCAACAUCCAACGAGACACGCAGGAGUCUGUUCAAAGAAGCAUCGGAAUCAUCCAAGAUGCGCAGGCGUCCGGAUCAGAGGCAGCAGUCGUCAUCAAAGGGCAGACCGAGCAACUAAAGAGCAUUUAUGCGGACUACACGUCACUUGAGGAGGAGCUCUCAAAGGCUAAUCAGACUCUGGUCAAGGUUCCCCCCUCACUUCAGCGACUCUCCGUCAGCUCCCCUGAUCCGGCUUCCCUGCAGAUGGCAAGGAGAGCGAUUACCGACAAAGUCACCAUGGUCCUGCUAUUCCUUAUCGUCAUCGCCAUCGGAGGGUAA